AUGGCUGAAGCUGAAACUGGAAGAUAUAUGUUCGAAACAAUUUAUGCCUUUUUCGCAAGAGAAAACCUUCUUGAUGAGUAUGCGUUCAAUCUUGUAGCAUUGGCUACAGAUGGAGCUUCAGCCAUGAACGCGGAAGGAGGUCUGCGCGGUAUACUCAAUGCUAAUGUUUCAGCAGUUCGUAGAGCCAGCUUUGGAACAACUGCUCCUGAAGAGACUCCAGGUAUUAUUCCAGAUGCACCAGUAAUUUGGAUACACUGCAUGGCCCACAAGAUCGAACUCGCUUCAUCGGACGCUUUUGCUGAAGCAGAUGACACAUCUUUAAGAUGGAGGAAGUUUGCAACCACGUUUCUAAAUAAGCUGCGCGUAUUCUUUGCGGCUCCAUCAAGAAGAAGGGUUCUGCUGGAGGUAGACAGCACAUUGACAAACGAGCACUUCAUCAAUUUGAAAAGGAUUAUCGCAUUGAGGUGGACUUCAUCUGAAGAGAGUUAG